AGCAACAACAACAAAAAAGUAAUCUCCUUAAUUUGAUCCAUGCAAUGGCUGGCGUGAAAGCCGGAUACUGGAUUCUUCCUGCAUCGGCCGGCAGCCGCCCGUUCGAUGGAAUUAUAAAUGGCGGCCUGAUCUUCACUCAUGUCUAUCUUGGCUUUGCCCAGGUCAAUCGUAGUGCGUUUGAUGACAGCGAUCAAAGCGUGAUCCUUUUCCCACCUGGCGACGUCGGGAAAAUAUCCGAAACCGUCCAUCAAAACUCUAAUUUGAAAUUCCUUUUAUCCAUCGGUGGUGAAGGCCGUUCUGAUGAUAUUGCCUACGUGGUUAGCGAUCCAAAUAGGCAUCAAAGAUUCAUAAAGGACUCCAUAAAACUAGCCAGGAAGUUCAAUUUCGAUGGCCUGGACCUCUGCUGGCUGUACCCGCAGCCCCUGGACUCCUCGCAGUCGCUGUCGAACCUUCUUGGCCAACUCCUCGCUGAUUGGCGACAUGCCCUGGACGAGGAGGCCAACGAAACAAAGUUGCUUCUAACUGCAGCGGUAUUUCACCAGCGGGUCAUUAAUCCUGGAGAUGCAGAUCAAUUCAGUUUUCCCAUUCAGGCCCUUUCUGACAACCUGGACUGGAUCAACGUACUGGCUAUGGACUUCUAUACUCCCUCCAACUCACACCAGCAGACUGGACCGGUUCAUGCGUGGCGUAAUCCUCCAAACAAAGACUGGUGUGGAAGUGCAGGCAUUGAUAACUGGAUUAAUGGAAUUGGUCCUAAUCCUGUAAAAAUUGAGACCAAUAAGUUGGUCCUCGGCCUUCCAUUUUAUGGCUAUGAAUGGACUCUGGCAGGCAAACAUGAAAAUGAAUUCUUUGCAGGCGCUGAUCCAGCAAAAGCAACCUCCUUAGAGUUCAGAACUAUCCAGGAGCAAUAUAUCAACAAAUAUGGAUCAGGCCGACUCGUGAAUAAUGACGCGUAUGGUGCCACCUACUGGCAUCAGGAGGCUAUUUGGAUUGGUUUUGACGAUGCGCAUAGCAUCGCUACUAAGGUUGGGGAGGCGUUUACGGAAUAUAACUUGGGCGGUUACGUUGCAUGGCAUCUGGAAGCCGAUGACUACAAUUGGACUCUCUCAAAAGCUGCUUCCAAUGCAUGGGCUAAUGCGAUUAAUAAUCCUGAUACUACUAUUACUAAUACUGGUAAUACUACUACUACUACUACUACAACUACUAAUAAUAAUACUGGUACUACAACUACUACUACUACUACUAUUGCUGCUGCUGCUGCUGCUGGAGAAGGGGAUAUUAAUAAUACUAAUACUGGUACUACAACUACUACUGCUGCUUCUGGAGAAGAGGAUAUUGAUAAUGAUCAGCAAAAUUCAGAUCAAAACACUAGUACUAAUUUUGAUGCAGAUGAAGUUGAGGCUGAGCCUGAGGAGUCGGCUCCGCCCGAGGAGCGGGGUUGGAAAUUGCUCUAUGACAGGAAAAUGGUAAGACCAAGGAGGCCAGCCGAUGAGCCCGGGGAUGAACUACCAAGGGGAGAUGGAAAUUAUGCCAUGGCGAGGGCAUUGAAUCGGAUGACAGAGUUCCUCUAG